GACAGUUGUCUCUUCGAAACGUUUGAUUACAAGCAUUCAAGAUCUGAUGAAGUUGAGGUGACAAUGUCUUCAGAAAUCAAUGUGAUCAAUUUUGGUGCAGGACCAGCAAAAUUACCGAAAGAAGUUCUACUAGAUGUCCAGAAAGAAUUUCUAUCAUAUCAGAAUGAAGGUAUGGGUAUUGUCGAAAUAAGUCAUAGAAGUGAGGAAUAUGCUAAAAUCAAUAGUAGUGCCCAAAGUACAUUGAGAGAAUUGUUAAAUGUUCCAGUCAACUACAAAAUCCUCUUUAUGCAUGGAGGGGGUCAAGGGGCAUUCUCGGCGAUCCCCAUGAACCUCAUGAGCCGAACCGGAAAAGCCGAUUACUUAGUAACCGGCACGUGGUCUUCAGUAGCAGCCAAUGAAGCCAAAAAGUACGGGCAAGUGAAUAUCGUCAAUGCUAGGAUCCCAGGGGGCAUCCCUGAUCCAAAAACCUGGAAGUUGAACUCGGAUGCUUCGUAUGUCUUCUAUUGUGAUAAUGACACUAUUGACGGUGUUGAAUUUUCAUUCAUUCCCGAAACCGAAGACAUACCCCUGGUAGCAGAUAUGAGUUCAAACUUGUUAACCAAGAAGCUGGAUGUUUCGAAGAAAACUAUAACUUUAUAUGUAUAUGUAUUGAAUGUAAAUACUCUGAAGAUGGUCUAUUCUGCACUAGUUGAGUCAAUUAUCAACUAUGGGUUGGUAGUUUGGGGUAAUGCUUGUAAGAGUACCAUGUCAUCUCUUCAUGUAGCACAAAAAUAUGUUCUGAAAAUUAUGUUACACAAGUCUAGGCUGUUCCCAUCCGAGUUGUUAUUUAAAGAAAGCAAAUUGCUAAACAUUGAUCAGCUAUAUAUUAAAUCUACUAUUAGAUUCAUGAUCAUGAAAAAAUAUUACAGAAGUGUACUACAACACAAACUGAACACAAGAGCAGCAGUUAGACAGAAUAUCUUCGUUCCGCAUGUGGCGCGUUCAGCGACACAAGCGCACAUUGCUUAUAUAGGGCCAAAAGUUUAUAACAUUUUACCACUGCACCUUAGAAAUAAGCCCUACAAACAAGUUAAACACCAUGUCAAUAGAUGGAUAGUAGAAAGUGAGGUGACUUUUGGUGUGAUUUUCGCAGCCUCUCAGAAAAACCUAGGACCAGCUAGUGUGGCUGUGCUUAUAGUCCGUGAGGAUUUACUGGGGAAUGCAACAGAAUAUUGUCCUUCGAUACUAGAUUUCACAAUUCUUGAUAAAAUGGAUUCUAUUUUGAAUACCCCACCUAUUUUCUCAAUAUAUGUUAUGGAUAAAGUUUUUCAUUGGAUCAGAAAAAGCGGUGGUCUGACGGUAAUGGAAACUCUUAGUGAACAAAAGAGCAGCCUGGUCUACAAUACAUUGGAGCUCCAUAACACUUUCUACUUUUCUCCCGUCUGCAAAAAUGCGCGGAGCAGGAUAAAUAUUCCUUUCCGUAUCGGGAAAUCUAACGGAGAUGAAGAAUUGGAGGAUCAGUUCCUCAGAGAAGCCGAAGAAAGAAAUAUGCUCCAACUAAAAGGUCAUCAUCUCGUCGGUGGCAUCAGAGUCAGCCUUUUCAAUUCCAUCACUGUGCAGGAAAAACCCUUCGGAGUAUUCUUUAUCAUUAUCCCUUUUGAAGUUUAUUCUCUAAUAGAUGUAGAAUAUAACUUAGGCAACUCCCGCUUACAGUUUGUGACAUGGUGGAGGCGCCAAUGGCUCGUUCCUGAGGGAGACUUGGGACGUUUCAUGUCUCCCUCAUUUUAUGUCAUAAGAAAUGAGCAGAUGAUCCCAAAUUACAUCAUCGAACAAGCCGCUAACGAAUACAAAAAUAAUGGGGGCUGCAAAAAGAGAUCUCAACCACACCAAGAUACUGGACAAGAUGAAAAUCCAUGCCGUGAAAACAUUCGCUGGAAAGGAAAAUCACGAAAAUCCUCGCGUCAGGGAGGCGACAAACCAAAAUCCCCGAUUCCGGGAAAGGCACAAACGUUCAAGAACCCAACUCUUGGACAGGACAUAGAAAAUGGGACAGCCUGUACAUACAUAGGUUAUUGCACAAAGUCAAUUACAAAAGCUCUAGAAAAGAAAGGGGUUCCAUCCCUCCUGUGUCGAUGGAUAAACGCCAGCUUGGAAAAAAGGGUAAUUAUAUCAUCCAUUGGCGAAACCACAGUCACAGCUAGAACAGGUAGGGGCUGUCCGCAAGGAGGGGUGUUAUCACCUCUCCUAUGGGCUAUCCUAGUAGACGAAUUACUGAAGAGGCUAACAUCCAAAGGUAUGCAUUGCUUAGGGUACGCCGACGAUGUUGCGAUUAUUGCAAAAGGCAAAUUCGCAGGAACAGUCUCGGAACACACCCAAACUGCUCUAAACAUAAUUAACAAGUGGUGUCAAGAGGAGGAACUAACUGUGAACCCUCUUAAAACCACGAUAGUGGUUUUUACUAAGAAGAAAGUACUGAGAGGGCUGAAGCCACCAGUUCUUAACGGGGUAGAAAUUCCAAUUGCACAAGAGGUAAAAUACUUGGGAGUCAUCUUCGACCACAAGCUGACAUGGAAUCAACACCUACAGAAAAUAAUCCAGAAAAGCACGAUAGCCCUCAACCUGUGCAGAAGAAUGUGCGGGAAAAACUGGGGGUUAAAACCAAAAAUGAUCAUAUGGCUAUACCGGGUGACACAGGUUAUCGGGCCACCCCUGUAA